CGGACAUAUAAAAGAUGAUCCUUUUCCCGCGCUUCCAUCUUUUUGAAAUUGGCGACCAGCCAUGGUGCCCUGCAUGGCUCAUUGCCUACAUCCAGUCCUACCUGACACGCGUAUGGAACUUGCACAUCCCGCCAUUCAGCAAGACCUCUCCCGCAGGAGUUGCUGCAGAUAUCAUCAUUGAAAAUCUUCCGGAUCCGUCCUCCUUCACAUUCGUGGAUCUCUGCUCUGGAGCAGGGGGACCAUCUUCGACAAUUGAGUCUAUCUUACACGCUCAGUCCAAGGUCCAAGGAAAGCGCUCCCCUCGCUUUAUUCUGACCGAUCUCCAUCCACACUUGACGGAAUGGACAGCCGUUGCAAAGCGCCAAGAGAACGUGGACUACGUGUCGGAGUCUGUUGAUGCGACAAAAUGCAGAAGAAUAGACCCUGGGAAUAGAAAGGAAUGUCGAAUGUUUAAUUUGUGCUUUCAUCAUUUCGACGAUGAGCCUGCGAAGGCCGUGCUGCGUAGCGCGGUUGAGUCGGGGGAUUCGUUCAUAAUCUUUGAGCUUGCGCAGCGGAAUUUCACCUCCCUGCUGAACAUCCCGGUCAUGAUCCUUUUCCCUUUCUUCCAUACCAUAACACGCUAUUGGAAGUCUCCCUUGCAUCUGUACUUUACUUAUCUUGUUCCUCUACUAUCGUUUGCUGUCUCGUUUGAUGGCCUGAUUUCUACGAUGAGGUGUCGAACUCCUGAGGAGAUUCAAACACUUCUACACCAGCCUGACCUAGAUAUCAGCGGGUGGGAGUUCAAGUCGGGGAGCAGGAUGGUUUUCUGGCCUUUUGUGAAUAUUUAUUGGUACGUCGGGGUUAAACGGUAGACUUGACUGGGGUAUGUAUCAAUAUUUGGCUAGUCUUCAUGACUGUGUAGAUUAAUUUCUCCUAAAAGCUUUUGCAGUCCUCUCUCCGCUUCCCGCAAAACGUCAGUCCCGAGCAUCUGUCUAUAUCGAUAUGACAUGAUGUAACUCCA